AUGCUGCGUCUUGCCAGGCCUGUGGCCGUGUCUAUGCGCAGACAACUUGUUGCGCAAGCUCAGUCAUCCCAGCGGAGAUCGUUUGCCGAAAGAAAGGAUUCUAUGUUGAGUUCUGACCCUGGAUUCUCUAAAGCCUCCACAGCUCCUCCCAAGGUCGAGAUCCCGUUGGGCCCUGGAGGUCCUGGAAGUCCUGCUCCCACACCAGCGACUCCUUCAUCCAGCUCCAUCAUUCCUCCAGAGAACGUUCCCAAGGCGCCGCCUACUCCAGCUCAGGUCCAGUCAGCUCCUCCUACGACUCCGGCAUCUGUGAGCCCUGCAGAACCUCCACCCCCACCACCGGCUGCCAAACCAGCACCUCCCAAACCCAGGCGACUCAGGUUUCUGCUCUAUCUCAUACUGUUAAGUGCCCUAAGUUAUGGUGGAGCUGUUUUCUACGCUUUGAGAAAUGACAACUUCCACGAUUUUUUCACCGAGUACAUUCCUUUUGGUGAAGAUGCCGUUUUAUACUUUGAAGAGCAAUCGUUCAAGAAAAGAUUUCCCAAUGCGCGACACAAUGUCGCCCGAAUCCCCCGCGCUGAGAAGCCAGAUGACAAGAGAAUUACCAUUCCUUCCAAGUCAGGCUUGUCAUGGAAGGUGUCGGAUCAGGAAGGCAAGGGCAGCGAUUUGACCCAAACGGGUAAACACAACAGUGCCUUGGACGCGAACAAACCCUCCACCAAGAAAGACGUCAAGGAUGCUCGCCAGAAUCCCAGUGGGGCAUCCUCAAACAAAAAAUCCGCUGCUGUUCAGGCUGUCAAGAAGGAUGCCCCAGCUCCCGAGACCAAACCAGCAGCCGGAGAAACUCCAUCUACUCCUCCCGGUUCUGCCAUCCCCAGCCCUAAGUCGGAUCCCCGACCUCCAGCUAUUCCUCCAGUCACUCAAAUUUCUACGCUAGCAGUCCCUAAUGCAGAUGAGCCUGUGGUCCAAGAGCUUGUCAAGAUUGUCAAUGAUCUCAUAACCGUCGUCAACGCUGAUAGUGCGGAUGCCUCCAAUAAAUACUCUGCACCCAUGAACAAGGCCAAACAAUCACUUGAAUCCGUUGCUAGCAAGAUCUCUCUCCUUCGAGAUGCCGAACGCAAAGCCGCUGAAGAACGAAUUCAAGAGGCCCACCGCGAAUUCGACGAAGGCGCCAAACAACUUUUGAGACGCAUCGAGACCGCCCAAGCCGAAGAUGAAGCACGUUAUCGUGACGAGUUUGAGGCCGAACGAACCAGGCUUUCGCAGAGCUACGAUGAGAAGCUCAAGACUGAGCUCGAGCGUAGUACACAAGUUGCUGAGCAACGUCUCAAGAAUCAACUUAGCGAGCAAGCUAUCGAAUUGAAGCGCGAAUUUGUUCAACAGAUCCAAGAUCUCGUGGAAUCGGAGCGUGGUGGACGUCUUUCAAAGCUCUCCGAUCUCAGCACCAAUGUCGACAGCCUUACUGAAUUGACCUCAAACUGGAAUGGCGUGAUCGACACGAACUUGGCUACACAAAAGCUACAAGUCGCUGUUGAUGCUGUGCGAUCUGCAUUGGCACGCUCAGCAGCGUCAGACGCCAAACCCCGUGCGUUUGUUCGCGAAAUGGCCGCUCUGAAACUCGUUGCGGAUGGGGAUGCAGUUGUCGACGCAGCCAUUGCAUCUAUUAACCCAGCCGCCUACCAACGUGGCAUCCCAUCGCAACCGCAACUCAUCGAUCGAUUCAGGCGCGUAGCAAGCGAAGUGCGCAAAGCAUCCCUUCUACCUGAGGACGCCGGGGUCGCAUCUCACGCGGCAUCAUUCGUGCUCUCAAGAGUUCUCUUCAAGAAACACGGCCAGCCUACCGGGACUGACGUCGAGAGCAUCCUGACCCGCACAGAAACGCUGCUCGAGGAGGGUAACCUCGACGCCGCCGCCCGAGAGAUGAACUCGCUGACCGGUUGGGCCAAGGUCCUCAGCCGUGACUGGCUCGGUGAUGUCAGGAAAGUCCUCGAGGUCAAUCAAGCCCUCGAGGUUGUCGAGACUGAGGCUCGUCUACAGUGCUUGCGUAUUGAGGAUUCUGCGGGCAAGAAGUAA